AGACGGCGGAGUGGAAAUUUCACUGGACUUGCUAGAGAUUUCGAUUUUUCCUAACAAUAGUUUCAAAAAGCGACGAUUUUGAUUGGGAUACUAUUUGAAAUAAAAAUUUUGUAUUAGCAAUCCUUAUUUUGAGUUGAUAUUUAAUUGGAGAAUCGAAAAGUGCUUUUAAAAUGUCCCUGUUUGGAUCUUUGAUGGGCGACGUGGAGGAUGAUCCGUUUUUUGGAUCGCACAUGAGACAUAUGCGUCAAAUGAACAACAUGAUGAACUCGCUGUUUGCGGAUCCUUUCGGCAUGCUUGGAGACGGCCCGCUCGCUAUCACAGGAUCACGUCAUGGCAGCUCUAUGAUGCCCUUCAUGCCACAAAUGCCAUCCUUGAACAGACUUUUCACAGCUGAUCUCAGCGACGGGCACAUGAGUGCUGGCAGCUCCUUCUCUAGCAGCACAGUUGUAAUGUCCAGUGGACCCAGUGGCAGCCCGCAGGUAUUUAGUUCCUCGAGCAGCAUGAAGAUUGGUCCUAAUGGUGUCAAGGAGACACGUAAGACACUGCAAGACUCCCGUACUGGCUUGAAGAAAAUGUCCAUAGGUCACCACAUCGGGGAGCGCGCGCACGUCAUAGAGCGCGAACAGAACGUGUUCUCCGGCGACGCGGAGGAGAGGCAGGAGUUCAUCAACCUCGAAGAGGAAGAGGCCGAGGACUUCGACAGAGAGUUCCACGAGCGCGCGGGUGCGGUGCGCGCGCGGGCCCGCGCGGCGCUGCCGCCCGCGCCCGCGCCGCGCCUCGCGCUGCCGCCCGCGCCCGUCGCGCCGCCCGCGCACGCCGCGCUCAUCGCGCCGCCCGCGCACUCCACCUCCGGCGAGCGCCGACACCGCCCGCAGCCGCGCCGCCCGCUGCGCGCCUCCGCCAGCCCGCUCGCGCUGCCCGCUUCCAGAUAUUGGAGGCGCCGUUACUACUAAUAGAUAUCCUCCGGCGUGCGUGAGGUGUACAGCGGAUCCCACCCACAGAGAGCACACAGACACAAGCACCACAGACAUAGGCACUCGCCCAUAGACAACUAAAUCUAUGCGACUUUGAGCGGUAACGACUAUUGCAAACUUCCUGUACAACCAGGAAAUAUUUUGACUAUAAAUAUGACUGCUAUGCCUACCUAAGUGUUUCGUAAUCGAGAUUGCAUAGAAUAAUUAAAUAUAUAUAAUAGUACAACGUACACAUUGCGUAGAGUAACGAUUUAACAAAUAUUUGUCUAUGGUUUUUGAGAUUUCGGUCGAGAUACCAAAUAUUGAAAACUAAAACACAAUUUGUCCAAUUACCAAGUAAGUAAGUAUCUACUUUUUCUCUUAAAGACGUGAUAGUCUAAUUGUGUUAGAGAAAUAAACAUGCAUCCGUUUUAAAUUAAAAAAAUAAUAAUACGUCGUGUGAUUGUCCUGCUAAUAAACUGAUAAUGCAGCCACACUGAAGCUGUUAUGUUUUUUUAAUCUGUUAAGGCAUUUAAAACUUACCAACAUGGAUAUGGUCCUGUAAGAAUAAUUAUCAUGUCCAACUUUUCACUGCUACUCUUAUAAAUUAUAAAACAAUUGCAGUCACCUAGCGGCCAUAUAAGGAACUAUAAUCAUUCAAAGACAAAUGAUUUACGAUCUUACUUAUAAAAGUUGUUUUGCGAGUGAUUAGUUAAACAAUGCUGUGUCUUCUUUUUUCGAAUGCAAAUAAAUAAUGACAGAAAGAGAGAAGAAGAGGUUAACUAAGCUAAGCAACAUUUAUAAGUAACUUAUGUAUAUGAUUAAAAGUUAAAAAUAAAAUUUAGUUAAAUAAUAAUCUCUAAGGAUACCACACAUGUCUACCACACGUCUUCGCCAUAACCAUUUACGCUGUAAUGAAUUUUACUCGUUAUGAAAAUUGUCUUAUUUACACUAAUCAAUGACAAAUUUGAUGCUUAUAAAAUUUUCAGAUAAAAAAAUCUGAUGUAUAAAAAUAUAAAACCAUUAAAAAUUAAAAUUAUUCAGUUGUAUUAUUUGAUCGUUUUUAAAUCAAAUAAUAUAUAGUAAUGAAUUGUAGAAGAUAGUACAAUUAUUUUUUUCAAGUCGUUACCGCUCAGUAACCGUCUACAUUGUGCGUUUGACAAAAACAAGUAAUAUUAGCAAAUAACACAAAUCAUAGACUUAUAGCCCGUUUACAUUUUAUGAAACAUGAAUCUUAUAUUCUUCCACCGUUAUAAUUUGUAAAACUGCUAAAAUUUCCAGUUUUUUUUUUUAUUGUAAGUAAAUAUUUUCGUAUUAAAAGUAGAAGCUUAGAUGUUUAAAUUUAGAACUACGUCGUCUUAUUGUAUCUUGAGAAUGUAAUAAAUGUAAGCUAACUCGAUACGAUAAAAAAAAUGUUUCUUUUUUUUGUGAUACAGGCACAAGGGAUAAUAAAUAUGACUUACUAUGAGAUGUCUUAUAUGCCCGCCUUACUUCCUACUAUUUAUAAAAAAAUAUCUCUCGUUCUAAAUUAGCUAUAAUUUUCAAUUUUUCGACAUUAAUAGUAUAGUAAUUUAUGUAUGUUUAUUUCAUAAUAAUAUAAAUCCAUGUAUUGCUAAAAAUGUUUAAUAAGUAUUAAGGCUCAUUUUCAUUGGUUAAAACUACCGGAAUAGACGGCUCAAAUUUAACAAAUAAUCAAAUACUUCGACCAGUGAUUGUGGGUUAUAACAAUCUAGACCUCGUUUUCUAUUGACCAAAGGAACUGCGACCAUAAAUUCUGUUCUUAGUUCCUUCAUAAGAAACUGUAUUUUAAUAUUUUCAAAACAGAUAACCAAACAAAGUCACUUAUCGUUAACAAUUUGUAGAUGAUAUUUUUCUUAAUAAUUUUAAUUUUAUGUGACGAGAGUGAAUAAUUUUAAUGUUUCUUAUGUUAUUAACGAAUAUUGUGUCGAAAAAUGCAUCACAUUCGAAAUUUAUGCUAUUUUAUAACCUAAAGUUAAUUUUAUCGUUUAACAUUUUUCAAUAAUGAUGGAAGUAUUUACGUCGUAGUGAAUUUGACUCAUUAAGCCUUAUAUAAUGGAAAAUGGAUCAAAUAUUGUUAUGUAAAGCUUAUAUAUUUUGGUUUUUUUUUAAACUUAUGAUAAAAAAAGGUUGAAAAUGUAUAAGCAUGAAUGAAAAGCUGACUUUAUUUUGAUUGUUUUACUUUUUUUUAUAAUUUUCAUAUUAUUUUAUAUAAUAAUAUUUGAUCCAUUGAUAUUUUUGUUUUAUGCAUAAGUAUGCUUAAGAAGUAAUAGUUAUUAGUCGUGUAAUCUCUUAGUGUAUUUUAUGGAAAUUUUAGUAUCCCUUAAUUUCAAGAUGGCACAAAGUAAGGGUGCUGGACAAGCGAAUCGCCCAUUCCUGAAUUAAAUUAUUUUUAUUU